GAAGCUAGCAGGAUGUACAGUCUUCAUCACAGGUGCAAGCCGUGGCAUUGGCAAAGCUAUUGCACUGAAAGCAGCAAAGGAUGGAGCGAACAUUGUCAUUGCUGCAAAGACCACCCAGUCACACCCCAAACUUCCAGGCACAAUUUACACUGCUGCUGAAGAAAUCGAAGCAGCUGGAGGAAAGGCCUUGCCAUGCAUCGUUGAUGUGAGAGAUGAGCAGCAGAUCAACAAUGCAGUGGAAAAAGCAGUUGAGAAAUUUGGAGGAAUUGACAUUUUGGUGAAUAAUGCCAGUGCUAUUAGCUUGACCAACACAUUGGAAACCCCUACCAAGAGAGUGGACUUGAUGAUGAACGUCAACACCAGGGGCACCUACCUCACAUCUAAAGCAUGUAUUCCCUUCUUAAAAAAGAGUAAAAUUGCUCAUAUCCUCAAUCUCAGCCCACCCCUGAACCUAAAUCCAGUUUGGUUCAAACAGCACUGUGCUUAUACCAUUGCUAAGUAUGGUAUGUCUAUGUGUGUGCUUGGAAUGGCAGAAGAAUUUAAAGGUGAAAUUGCUGUGAAUGCCUUGUGGCCCAGAACAGGUAUGUACUUUAAAAAAUCCUUUAUUAGAUUUGCAGUUACUGUCUUUGACAACUGAUAACAACAACCCCCUUCCACUAGAGCUGGUACCCAAACCCAGAGUCUUUGUGACAUUAGGCAGGCGUUCUCCCCUGAGCUCCACCUAGCCAUGUUCUUGAUACUCUUGGUAAACACCCCAAGCAC